AUGCUUACUGGUAGUGUAGAAGAAGACGUACCACAACGUGAUCUUCAUGAGCCAGUCGUUGAAAAUGUCUGCUUCAUGCAACCGUCAUAUGGUUCGCCUGUUGAAUUUGUGCAAACACAUUUUGGAAAGAAUUCGAGUGCAAAGAAUUUGCAGUUUUUAAAGGGAACAACAACUCUCGCAUUUAUUUAUGAACCGAAAACAGCGAAUGAUAAGGGUGGCAUUAUAAUUGCAGCAGAUUCGCGUGCAUCAGCUGGCGAAUAUAUAUCAUCAAAAAGUAUCAUGAAAGUGUUGGAUAUUGGUGAUCGAAUGGUGGCAACAAUGGCUGGGGGCGCAGCAGAUUGUCAGUUUUGGACGCGUGUCGUCGCAAAAUAUUGCGCUCUUUAUGAACUUCGAGAAAAGACAGAAAUAACUGUUGCUGCUGCCAGCAAAUAUUUUCAGAACGUUUUGUACUCCUACAGGAAUUAUGGACUUUCAGUUGGUUCGAUGAUUGCUGGUUAUGACAAACGUGGUCCUGCGAUUUUUAGAGUUGAUAAUGAAGGACAACGAACCCAGUUACGGCUGUGUAGCGUAGGUUCAGGCUCUUUAAGUGCUUAUGGUAUCCUCGAUACUUACUACCAGCCAAAAAUGACCGAUGAGGAAGCAUACAAAUUAGGUAGACGGGCAAUAAUGCACGCUACAUAUCGCGAUUCCGGAUCUGGUGGCGUCUGCAAUAUGGUACACGUCGCGCCGAAAGAAAAAAUCCGUUUCCCGCCUCUAGACGUGUCACAGUUGUACUAUGAAUUCGCUGCAGAGUUAGGGCGCGAUAUUGUCUACGAGCCCGAUCCGAAUUCAUGA